UAAAAAAAUAAGUGAUUCUGACUGACUUGCAUCCCUUAAUAUCAAAUUGUAACAAACCACUCUUUUCUUUUAUAUCUCUGUGAUUCCAAAUUCGAAUUCUAUGUAACAAUGUAAUCUGUCUAGCAUCUUUGAUGUGUAAGUAUGUUCAUCGUAUAAGUUGGAAACUGUAAGUCGCAUUAUCUUGCCGUGUUUCAUGUAUUACACCAGAAAUUUUUAUUCUUCUACUUAUCACUGAUUACUAUUAGCGAUACCACUAAAUAAUUGAUAUUGAGAUUAGAGUAAAAUUUUAGAUUCUUCGACAGUAAAUUACUGAAACAUUCCUGGGAAACUAUACCAUGUAUUUAGAUUAUGUCCACGCAUUUAGUUCAUUUGUGAGUUUAGAUUUAAUAUGCAGUAACUUAUCAUUAUUUAAAUGUAUGUAUAAGGCCUAAUCGAUUAUGGUAGACUAUGAUGCACGUAUAACAAGCAGAUCGAUAAUAAUUACAACGCAUCUAGACAACUUGAUUAUUUUCUGUGCCACUUUUUUGUUUUAGGUUGUAAUACAGAGUUGGUCACAGAUAGCUAUUAGCCAAAAUAAAUAAUAUUAUCUAGUGUGUCUUUGCUUUCAUUCAUUCAAAGCUUCUAAAACCACUUAAUAAAUAGAAAACAUCUGGAGCUUAAUAUGAAUUUCUCUCGAAGGUUUUAUGUCCCGUGUCAUAAAGUUAUCUCCAGACAUUUCAUUAGAUAAAAGAAGCUUUCCAUUCAAAUUUGUAUCAAGCAAUUCUGCUAACAAUGUGUUCGCUCAUAAACCACUAUCACUCUGUUCUUUGUGUAGUUGGUGGGAUCAUUAUUCAAUGUACUUACGGGUACUUUUAUACAAUCGGUAAUAUGGCCCCAUACAUUUUGGACUAUUUUCAAUACCAUAAUAAGUCAAUUUAUGAUAAUUCCAUCAUGUGGUUGACAUCGGUUGCUUUGGGAAUGGAAGCAUUAGCUAUGCCGAUUGGUGGAGCAUUGUACCGUAAAUUAGGAAUCAGAGCAGUGGUAAUAAUUAGCAGUCUAAUUCAUAGUGGAGGAAUCACCUUGAGUUAUUACACACUGAGAUUGGGAUUUAUCCCAUUACUGAUUACUUAUGGUAUAAUGCAAGGUUUCGGGUUUGGAUUUGGUUAUUCAGCUACUAUAGCUGCAUCAAUUGCAUGGUUUCAAAAUCAUCGAGGUUUAAUUGUUGGCCUAAUUGUUGGUGGCUUUGGGGCUGGUCCCAUUAUCUUUACACCGAUUCAAACAAUGUACAUUAAUCCAAAUAAUAUCAAGACAGAUGACAAAACAAAGCGAUUUGAAGAUGCUGAUUUAAUUAAUCGUGUUCCUUCUGUGUUUCUACUUAUUGGUGGUGUUUUGUUAGUUAUCCAGUUAACUGGGUUAUAUUUGAUGAGAGAUAAACAACAGAAGGUGAAUCAUGACCUCACGGUUUCAGAUAAGUCACAUGAAUUUCCACCUGUUAUAAAUUCAGUAAAUUUACGACCUUUGGAAUUAUUGAAACAGAAAGAAUUUUAUUUCUUAUGGAUCAUUAUAUUUUGUGCUGGAAUACCUUUGACAUCGUUGGCAACGCUUUUCAAGCUCUUUGGUAAAUCUCAUAUUAACGAUGACAGAUUUCUUGCUAUUAUGGGUGUCGUUGCGGCUGUAUUCAAUUCUGUUGGACGUGCUUUCUGGGGUGCUAUCAGUGAUCGUAUUUCGUUCAAGGUUCCAUUGUGCAUCAUACUUUUAUGCUGGUCACUUUUACUAACUUCAUUCCCACAUUUACCGUUGAUAUUUGGACCUCAAAUCAAAGUUGGUUUUGGUAUUUGGUUAUGUGGUCUUUAUUUAUUAAUUAGUGGUGUGCUUGUCUUUGCACCAACUGCUACAGAAACCUUAUUUGGACCAAUUAAUAUGGCUGUAAACUACGGAUUAGUUUUCAAUGCUUUUGUAUUCGGUGGUCUGUUCGUCUCACUAUUGUCCAUCGUAAUUCCACAGUUUCAUGAAUGGGAUAAUCUAUUCUAUCUAUGUGCUGCAAUGUGCAUUUUAGCUUUAUUAAUUGUACCAUGGAUACAUGAUAGGAAAAUGCCCAAAUAUUUCAGCUUGUUUCGAUUUUAUCGGCAAAGUCACAGUUGAAUUCUCCUAAUAACUUGUUCAACAAGUGCUGUUAUCCUGAAAAAUUAUCAUAGCUUUUUAGCAGAGAAACACAAAACUUAUCUUUCAUUAGUGUCAUUUCAAAAAUAUAAUUUCAUCUGAACAAAUGCACAGAAUUAACAACAUCGUUUUAUAAAAUUAGCAUGUCUGAGAAAAUACAUGAUCUGUUUCAUCAAUUUACAUUUGAUUUGCAAAAUUUCUUAAUUAGAUUUACCAGAUAAUGAUAACAAUCAGUUAAUACACUAUAAUCAUGUCAUGGAAAUUCUUUACCGUUUGAACUAACUUACGGAAUUCAGUCAGAUUUUUAGCCGAAUUCAUAGUUAUUUUCUUGAACGAUGAGUAUUUUCCUACCAACAGUGUUUCUUUACUUAAAAUAGUUUUCCAUUUCAUCCCAUUAUCCACAAUUAUUGUCGUAGGCAGAUGCAUACUCAUUUACCAAAAGAUUUAAUGAAGUUUUAGGAUUGUAUAUUGUCAUUUAUAUCUACAGAAUAUACAUAUAUAACUUGAAGAGUGUAUAUGUUGAACUAUAUUGUUUAUGCUCAAAUCGCCGCCCCCAUAUCAUAAUAUCUCAAACUCUAGAUUGUUAGUGUUCUAAGCCAAAUCACUUGAACGCUUAUGUUUAAUCAACAGGCUCAAGUAUAUUAUUCAUCACAUCACUUC